AAAGUCCUCAUUUGUACAGUAUAAGUCAACGCACGCGUGUGUGUGUGUGUGUUUAAACAUUAACUGCAGCCAUAAGACCCUCCCAUAUCAUUCAAACCCAAGAGUCAAACUCCUCCAGAUGACUCACUUUAAUCAUGGCGUUGUUUUCCUCUCUCACACCAGUAUUCGUGGCGGUUUUGUGCGUGAUUAUUGGUUUUAUCAUCAAAAACUCCCAGAAGAAACACGAGAGCAGAUCAAAGGAGAAGCGUUCAGAUGGGGGGAAGGUGAGACCAUGGGUGGACGAGGAUCUGCAGGAAGAUACAGAAAUCAACAGUAAAGACAACGAGGAUGACUAUGAAUGGCUCGAGACUGAAGACAAAGAGAAUCUACAUCAUAUCCCGUACACCCCACACCAAUACUCUGCUUCUGAAAUCCUGGAACGCUCCGAGAGGUUUUACUCUCUAAUGAAUCACAGACGCUCCGUCCGGUUCAUCAGUCCUGAGCCGGUACCCAGAGAAGUCAUCAAUAAUGUCAUACGUACUGCAGGCACUGCUCCCAGUGGAGCUCACACUGAGCCCUGGACGUUUGUGGUGGUGUCUGAUGCAGAUGUCAAACACAAGAUCAGAGAGAUAGUUGAGGAGGAAGAGGAGAUCAACUACAAACAAAGGAUGGGAGACAAGUGGGUCCAUGACCUGAAGAGACUUAGGACAAACUGGGUGAAGGAGUAUUUGGACAUCGCUCCAUAUCUGAUUCUUAUAUUCAAGCAGAUCUAUGGAGUUCAUCCCAAUGACAAGAAAAAAACUCACUAUUACAAUGAAAUCAGCGUGUCUAUUGCAUGUGGCAUUCUAUUGGCUGCUCUGCAGAAUGUUGGACUGGUCACAGUGACAACAACUCCCCUAAACUGCGGCCCACAGCUCAGGGCCCUCCUCCAACGACCAGCCAAUGAGAAGCUUUUAAUGUUGCUGCCUGUUGGCUAUCCUGCAUCUGACGCUACUGUGCCUGACCUCAAACGCAAAGAUCUUAAUGAUAUUAAGGUCAAUGUAUAGAUGUUUUUUAAUGGAAAAUGUUGUAAUUGAAAUGAAUGUUUGAAACUUCACAAAUUGGACCGCGUUAUAUUUUAACACUAUGGUAGUUUUAUGUGGACAGAGUAUUACUUACAGAAUUUUGUAAGGCAUGUAUUGAUUUUCUUUUCAUGACUUGCGAGGCUUUUCGAUCUCGAAUAUGAAAUCUAUUCUGAUCCACACAAAACAUUAAAUAAACAAUCUUGUAUUUGUAUUUAAAUUUUCUAUAUACUUUUACACAUACUGUACAUUAACACAUAAGAGAAAAAGUUUGUGUAAUAUUAGAUGGGCUUCGUCAUUUUUUCCCUAAUGAUGUGAGGGAAUGCAUUCUUUUCUGUGGUUAGUGGUUACUUUUCAAAAGCUUUCCUUUUUUGCCCACAAUUGCUACUGUACAAAAACAUAUAUCGAUUUUGUAUUUUAAAGCAGAUUUUAAACUUUCCUUUAAAUAUCUACAUUUAAUGAACUAAUGUAUUUAUGCGCUGUGUUAAUACCAUCAUAUCACAU